CCGCGAGUAACUACAAAAUGUAAAUAAAUAAAUACAAACAAAAACGGAGUUUUAAUGUGUUUUAAAGGUUCCGUAAUUGUGAUCAGUAGGCUUCAAUUUCUUUAGUUUCUGAUCUGCCUUUGCUGUUUCAUGGAAGUUAUGUUUGCUUUAAAAUCACAUGAUUCCAGUGACGUUUCUUAUCAUGGCUUGUUCCUGUGAAUGUUUAGUGCUAUCAUCUGUGGAAUAAUCAGGGUGAUAUACAGUCUGUCCAAAGACAGCACAGUAAUAUCAUGAAGAGAAGACUUCUGCUGGUAUCUAACUCCACACUUCAUGGAGGAGGAUAUCUUCAACACUGUGAGCAGCACAUCCAAGACUUUUUUGGAAAAGGAGUAAAGAGGAUCCUGUUUGUCCCAUAUGCACUGCAUGAUCGAGAUGCCUAUGCCAAGACUGCCAGAGACAAGUUCAAGACAUUGGGCUAUGAGGUGGACAGUGUCCAUGAGACACCAGACCCUGUGGAUGCUGUUAGGAAAGCGGAAGGAAUAUUCAUUGGUGGCGGCAACACGUUCCGCCUGCUGAAAGCUCUCUAUGACAACAAUGUGGUCACUGAGAUUAGGAAAAGAGUUUUACAGGAUGGAAUACCUUACAUGGGAUCAAGUGCAGGCACCAACGUCGCCACCAUCAGCAUCAACACCACCAAUGACAUGCCCAUCGUCUAUCCACCCACUUUUGCUGCCAUUGCUUUAGUGCCCUUCAACAUUAACCCUCACUUUCUGGAUACUGAUCCCAACAGCAAACACAUGGGUGAAACACGUGAACAGAGAAUCACCCAGUACCAUGAGGAGUCGGACACACCAUGUGUGCUGGGUCUCCGGGAAGGCUCAAUGCUUUUAGUGGAAGGAAACAAAGCCACCUUACUUGGAAGCACAAAAGCACGACUAUUCCAUAGAGGGAAGCAAACCACAGAGUAUGAACCGGGAAGUGAUCUCAGCUUCUUACUAACAGAUGUACAAUGAGUUGCGACAUCAUGCACGAUGCAAAAAACAUUUUACAAUAAAUACUGUUAAAAAAAUCUCUAUCUUUUACAUUAUUUACAGCUGUUUAUUUUGCUUUGAGUACAUUAGGACAAAAGCUAGAGAAGCAUUCUAAAGAUGAUUUAUUUAUAAAUUUAAAGUCUGUAAUUGGUUAUUCAUCAACCAGAUAAGUGUUACCAGUUACAGAAAUCCUGUUAUGAUAACAUGAACUUUAGACACUAAAAAAAUAGAUACUACAUUCGAGUCAAGGACAAAGUAUGGAUGCCCUGGUAUAUUCAUAAAUAAGGCAAAAACAAACAAACAAAAAAUAAUCUACCGUACAUCAGUAUGUGUAUUUAUUUGAAUUACAGAAGCAUUAACAACUUAUUGCUGAACAAAAUCAAGGGAGAAAAAAAAGCUGUUUUUAAACAUGAUGGAUUCUCAAAAAUACAUAUUUUUGUUACUAUGAUGAUUAUGUCCCAUUAUUAUUAUUUUUUUUUUUUACAAACUUUACAAAAUAAAAGAGAAUAUAUUCUGGAUCAUUUUAAAAUGCAUAAUUUUGAUUGAAGUACACAAAUGUUUCAUUUAGACAACAUAAUUGUGGCAACCCAAUAUGGGUAAAUGCAUAUGGGCAGCAGCAUUACUAUAAUACAGCAACAUAAGAAAUCCAGGGGUGUUUUCAGUGUUAUGGGUUGUGUUUUUCAGACCUAAAACCAUGAACUGGAACUUUUAAACCACAAAAUCAAAUUAACAUCAGUCAAAUAACCGUUUUUAAUAUAUAAAUAUUUUCCCCAAAAGGCCAAUAUUGCUCCUAAGGAUUCCAUACCCCCCACCCCCAUACGAUCAAACUGAUUGUAAUUUUCAUUCAAAAUUGAUUCUUAAUGUUACUUGGGAUGCAUCACACUAAAUUCAUUUUUUUUCUAUUCUAAUUGUACCUUUAAAAAACCGAUUAGAGUUUGAUCUAAAAAAAUACUUCUGAAUCUUAAAACUAAAGGUAAGUGAAUACAUUAUAAAGGUGCUUAUUUCAUAAGUGGUAGUUUUCAAAAUACAAAAAUGUUACAGUUAUUUGCUCUAUUUUGCAAAGACUUUGAUUAUUUUCUCUUUUUAUAAUACAAAUUCAACCAAAUGUUCUAAAUGCAGAAACAUAACCCUGCUCUAAAAUUGUGUUUACAGUAGACAAUCAUAAUAAUAUUUUCUCAAAAUAAUACACCUUACACCCAAAUAAGAAACCAGAGUCCAAAUCCCAACAGCUGGAAAAAAAAACUGCAGAUGAGAACUAAAAGUCCUGCAGAAAAUCUCCAAACAGCAGAAAC